GCAGCUGGCUUGUUGUUACUUGUUGAGUGCCAGGACAAGAGUUUUUCACAGAUAAGGACCUCGUUUUCAGAGUUCCAUAUUCAGUUUUGGCAGAGGGCAGAAGAAGAGCAAGACAGUGGCAAAGAGUUUUUGACAUUUGAUGGUUACACCAUGGAUGGCAGCUAUGCAAUGGCCAAAUUUGGACUAGAAUCCAAAGACAUGCUCAAGUCUAACCAGAAGAGCUGCUGGUAUUAUUUUAAAUACUUUUUUCUUUUCACGUCUCUAAUUCAAUUCCUUAUAAUCCUUGGGCUGGUGCUUUUCAUGAUCUAUGGCAAUACUAAUGAGGGAACAGAGACAAGGUUAAAGACUUUGGAGGUUCUCUACCAGGGACAGAUACUUGACCACAAGAGUCUGCAGAGCAAACAUGACAAAGUUAAUAUUAAGCUCAACAUUACCACAAAGGAGAGGGAUGGUUUCAAGACUGAGCUGCUAGAUUCGAAAGUCAAGGUGGAAAAUUUAACAAGGAUGAAUACAAUGUUCAACAGACUACUUAAAGAAAAGGACAAAGAAUGUGAAAUGAAACUAUCCCUGUUAAUCAAAAAAUUCCAAGCUGACAUAAAAAUCAUCGAGGAUGAGAAGAAACGCCUUGAAAUGGAUCUAGUGGUUUGUAGAGCAGGGUGCUCUGGGACAAACCCAAAUCCUCCAAAUUGUCCCCCCAUCCAAAAUCCAAAAUGCAUCACCCUCCCAAACAGGAGGCUUUGCUCAGCCUAUGAAAUUGACAAGUUUACAAGCACGUGCAUAUCAAUCGACGAAAAGUUCAAUGUCGAGCUCCAGCGCCUUCAGCGCAAUUUUGAGUUGGCCAUCGCAAGGAAUGUGCCUGGCACAAUAGUGACCAGCUAUGAAUCUAGAAUUCAGCUUGAUAAUAUUCUUAAUAGCUGUAGGCCUUUGCCUGUUGAGGUUGCAAACUAUAUAAACACAUCUCUAGCUAAUAUAAAGCAUACCAUUGUCACUAAUGUUGAGCUUAUGGGUGGCAAGGCAGAGACUGAAGCAUCCCUUAACAGGUGUUUGGAAGAUUUCAGAAAUGUGAUGAGUCUGCAAACCACAUGCACCAAAGAGAAGGAUGAACUUAGAAAAGAUAUGGAAAAGUUGAGACUGACAGCAGAUAGUGAUCUUAACAGGAGCAAUAAACAGUUGCUGGCAAAGAUGGAAGAAUUGGAUAGAUGCAAGAAAGAGCAAAUUCCAAGAUCAUUCAGUCCAACGGGUUAACUCAGCCACACCAAAUUGCAAAGAGAAGAGUAGAGGCUGUGGACACUGAAGAUUGCACUUCUUUGUUUCUACUCCUGUAUUUCAUAUUUGAUGCUGUGUCAAUGUUUUUUUUGUAUAUACACACAUAUACACAGGCAUGGGACCCUUAUUCAGAAAUCUCAGGACACUAUGGGGCAGAUGUAUGAAGGGUCGAAUAUCGAGGGUUAAUUAACCCUCGAUAUUCGACUAGGAACUAAAA